GUUUUUUUUUUUCUCAUAAAAAGAAAAAGCUUUCUUUCUUCUAUAUUUCAAGUUCUUGAAAUCCCAACAAUAUUUUUCAUGUAAAAGGAGUAUACACCUCGAAAAGUCAUCAAAUCUUAACGUUAUUGUUUUCCUUUCCUGUUCAGUAUUUUUUAUAUUUGACCCCAGUCUUUUGGGAACCUUUGAUAGAAAGGAGGCUAUACGUGAAAUUUUAGUGUUCCGUACAUGUCUAGUAAAAGAGAUUGUACAUAAGAUCAUCAGCAUCAGCACCAGCACCAGCAGUACUACUCCUUCUGGGGCGUAGUGUUCCACGUGUAGCAGAAGAAAAAAAGAGAUUGUAAACGUCAGACUUUUUCCUUGAUUAGAGUGUUUCUAGAAAAAGAGGUUGUACGCGAAAUAACACUCAAAAUUAAAGUGCUAUGUCUCUACAACCUCAUGAUGAUCAAACAAACAUUGAAAAUCAACAACAUGAUCAUGAGAAUUUUUCUUAUCAUGAUCCACCUGAAUCAUUUUGGCUUUCUAAAGAUUCAGAAAGAGAUUGGUUUGAUCAAAAUGCAGCCAUGCAAAGAAAAUCAUCAAUGAAAUUUGCAUUUUCAGGCAAAGCAAAUAACAAAAAUUCCAAAAUAUUAUUACAUAAUAAUCAAAAUCCAUCGCUUUUCUCCAUUCCCAAGACUCGAAAAUCUACCUCGGGGGAUGGAAAUCCCGGGCGAGUCAACAACAAAGCGGUGAAAUCGAAAUCCAAAUCCCGGUUCAGUAGAAGCCGGUCUGAACCGGGAAGAAAGACAUUGAAACAAGUGUUGGUGUCUGAACCGGGUUCACCAAAAGUGUCUUGUACUGGACGGGUUCGCCGGUCCAAGUCAAAGAAAGAGAGUAGGACUAUAAGAACCGGGUUUUGGAAAAAAGUUAGGGCGGCUUUGAAAAUCCGGUCCGGAGAAAAAGGUGGGGCCGGUGUACAGACUGCUGAACCGGACAGGUCUGAGUCUGGGUCCGGUUCAGCAGGACUGAAGCGAUCGACGACUCGUCGAUGGUCAGAGUAACAAAUUUUUAUGCUAGUUUUUGGUAUGUUGAAUUUUUUUAAAUUGUACUUUUUUAAAAUUUUAUGAUAGAGAUGAUAUUUUAAUUUAUGUUUGAAAAAUAUUUAGUUGAAAUUUUAUAAAUGUAUUUAGUUGUUUUCUUAUGAAAGAUGCUUAGUUUCUUAGUAGGUGAAAGAUUAUAU